CUCCAAAAAACAACCUUCUUUACACUUCAAAAAAAAAAAGAAAAAAAAAAAAAAUACACACACAACCAUGUCAGGCUACCCUCAUCAAAACCCCUCAGGCUAUGGUGCACCACCGUCUUCUCAACCAUACGGUGCACCGACGGCUAACCCAUACGGCCAACCAGCCCAACCCUACGGUGCACCACCGGCUCAACAAUACGGCCAACCAGCCCAACCUUACAGCGCACCAGCUCAACCGUACGGCGCACCAGCCCAACCUUACGGCGCACCACCAGCAAACCCUUACGGUUCACCCUCAGCCCCUUACGGUGCACCUACACCACAAGGAACUAAACCACCAAAAGACCAAAGCAACAAACCUUCAACAUCUCCUUACGGUGCUCCUCAACCUCAGCCGUCCGCUCCCGGUGGAUAUCCGCCGCAGUCGGGGUACGGUAGUCCGUUUUCGUCGUUGUUGCCGUCGACGUUUCCGCCGGGAACAGAUCCGAACGUGGUGGCGUGUUUUCAGGUGGCGGAUCAAGACGGUAGUGGUGUGAUUGAUGAUAAGGAAUUGCAGAGAGCUUUGUCUAGUUAUAAUCAGACUUUUAGUAUCCGUACUGUCCAUCUUCUCAUGUAUCUCUUCACCAACUCAAACACCAGAAAAAUCGGACCUAAGGAAUUUACUCAGGUUUUCUACAGCUUACAGAACUGGAGGGCUAACUUUGAGAAAUUUGAUAGAGAUCGCAGUGGUAAGAUUGAUAUGAAUGAAUUGAGAGAGGCACUGAUGAGCCUGGGAUUUGCAGUUUCACCUGUCAUUCUCGAUUUGCUGGUUUCCAAAUACGACAAGUCUGGUGGAAAGAACAAGGCUAUUGAAUAUGACAAUUUCAUCGAGUGCUGCUUGACUGUUAAGGGGCUAACCGAAAAGUUCAAGGAGAAGGACACAGCUUACACAGGAAACGCUACAUUUUCAUAUGAAGCAUUCAUGUUGACCGUAUUACCCUUCCUCAUAGCUUAGAGAUUGUAUCUACAUCUACACUCUUUAACUGGGCCUUCUAAUAAGAGGGAAAAUGAUUUGGUACUUUGGAUGUAUUUUUCUUUGUGGGUUAAUCGCCUUUACUUGUUUCAUUAAUGUUCAUCGUGUUUCUUUUGUGAUGUUAUGGUUGUUAAUAAGAUCUUUACAACGUUAUCUUUGAUGUAAA